AUUAGGAAAGGAAUGGAAGGGGCAGACUGCCCAAAAGUGAAACUUGAACCAUCAUUUUUGAAAGAGCAGGGCCCCAUGCCUUGGAAGGAGGAGCAGCUUCAACCUUGUGCUUCGGAAGAGUUGAAUUCUCCUGGGGAUGCAGAAGAAAAAGCUGCAGCUUCCUUCCCACCCUUGGCCUCUUUUAAGAAGCUGCUGCUGGAUGGAUGGGACCAGCCAACCCACGAUGCUGAUGAGAAGCCGGUGGAGAAGCCGGGAGAGAAAAGUAAACAGCUUCUCCAUCAAGAGCGAUGUGCAGCGAUCACCAGCGACCUGUGUGAAAUGCUUCUCGGAGAAGACCUGGCCUAUCGGGGCUGCCUGAACAGUGUGGCUGCAUUCAUCCUGGAGCGAGAGGUUGCCAACAGCCAGAGCCCCUACAAAGAGACGUACGAGCUGGUCGCCCUGGGAACAGGAGACGUUUGCUACGAGGGGUGGAUGGAGUUUGAUGGCCAGAAACUCCAUGACUUGCAUGGAUUGGUGGUGGCCCGCAGAGCUCUGAUGAGGUACCUAUACAAACAGCUCCUGAUGUGCUGUAGCCAGGACCCUGCGGCUUUUGAGAAGUGCAUCUUUUGCUGGGCAGAAGAUGGGGAACACCUGAGAUUGAAGCCAAAGUACCACCUGCACCUCUACCUGAGCCAAAUGCCCAGCGGAGCAGCGGAAAACCUCCAGACCACCUUAUUGCAGUCAAACCCUUCUGUGGAUCUUCACGUCAGUGUAAAAGGCGUGCUGAAGCCUGUCUCGUAUUGCUGCCCCAGCAUGUUGUCUGCCCACGUCUACUGCGUCUCUGGCAGUGACAAGCUGACCCGCUGGACCGUCCUGGGGCUCCAGGGCGCCCUCCUCAGCCAUUUCAUCUAUCCUGUGUACAUCACCAGCAUUGUCCUAGCUAACCCUUAUCGAGACCAUGCCGUUCUCCACCGGCUCAUCAACAAGCGCCUUCAGCUGGGGCCGGAGGACGGCCUGCCGAGCCCUUAUUGCCGCAAGAAGAUCUACCUCUUCGAAGGCCCCCGCGUGGCCUCUGUCGACACCCCGCCAGAAUGCCGCUCGGUGAGCCUGAACUGGUGCGGAGGAGACGAGAUGCUGGAGCUGGUGAACGGAGCUGUUGGGAAGGCAGAAAGGGACAUUGUAAAUCCAGGGGGCCACUUUCGACCUAGCCGGCUGUGUAAGGCGGCCAUGCUGAAAUCCUUCCGGAAGGUGGCUCAGGAGAUGAAGAGGGAGGACCUGAUGUCACUACCCACAUAUCACGAUGCCAAGGUUCAAGCCACAGCCUAUCAGAGUGCAAAGCUCCAGCUGUAUAACCAGCUGAGUGUGCAGGAUUUGAGCAAGUGGCCUCAAAAGCAGCUGGUGGACAGCUUUUGCAGAUAGACUGGCCUGGGCAGCUGAAGACCAUGCAAGCAAAUUGAUAUGAGCAAGUACAAGCAAGAGCUUGCUCUCUGUUUUUUCCCCCUUAUUUAAUGGGAAGUUCUUUGGGCGAGAGAUAUAUAAAAUGCUAUGUUUUCUUCUUACAUUCUUACAACUGUUCCUUUCUGGAGAAAACAAUGUCAUUCGUGUGUAUUGUUCUGACUUUUCAAACUUGUUAUAUAGAUUUGUUUCGGUUAGGUCCACCCCAGUUGUAUUUAAUGCAGCACUAAAGGGUGCUGAGGAACAA